AUGUGCGGUCUUUUCAUUCUACGAGAGAAAAGUGGGGUUUUGUUUAGGAACAAUCCUGCAAAUAAUCCAAGAGGUGAAAUUCUUUCAAUAUGCUCUUCGAAAUCCGAUUCAACUGGUAACGGUAGAUCCACAAUAUCAAAUCAGAUAUCUGCUUAUCAUUUUUCUCCGGGCGGCUAUAAAUUAUAUUUUGCAUUAAAUUCAGGUGAUUUAUACUGCUUGGACUUUGCGAAGAACUGGUAUCAAUUAAUAGCUUCGUUGAAUCGGGGUAUUACAUGUAUAUGUUUAUGCGAACCACGUGGAUAUGUCCUUCUGGGUUUGAAUGAUAACAGCAUCAGAAUCUUAGACGAGGAGUCCGGGAAAGAGAUUAAUUCUUUGAGUGGUCACACGUACAGAAUCUCUUAUAUAUCAGUUCAACCAGUUUCUGGUCGUUAUGGAUUAUCUACUGCCCUGAGUGAAACAAUAUUAUGGGAUCUCGACACUAGCACAUGUCGUUGCAGGUUACAUAUUGGCCAAAAAGUGAACAUGGUUUCAGUAACUUUCAUUCCACCUCGUGGUGAGCAAAUUGUAUCCUGUUUUCAAGAUGGAUCCAUUUAUGUUUGGAGUACAGAUUCUCUUCAGUGUUUGUUAAGGCUUAGUAACAGUGAUUAUCCGAAUCAACUGUAUAGAACAAUUACAUUUACCAGCAAAGGUCAUUAUUUAUUUGCAGCUGGUCGUUCACCAUUUGUCUACUUAUGGGAUCUAAAAGGAUAUGUAAACUGUUUAAGUCAAGACAGUCCAGAUGUAGAUCAUUCCAAUUCAAAUAAUCGGUUUUUACGAGAGUUAAUUAAACUUCCUGAACCAAUUAAAUCAGUUCGUCGAAUUGAAUGGAUCCCUAAAUCUUGUUUGAUUGAUUUUAACCAAUUUAACCAUGAUUCUAUGAUAUGUGAUGAGUUAUCUGGUCUACUACUAUUACUUGGCACUGAUAAACGUUUACGUCUUUUGAUACGAACCCGCGAAAAUUCUAGAAAAUCAUUAGCUUGCACAGAAAAUUUGCCAAAGCAUCAACUGUCAAAGAACUCAACUCCUAUCUAUUGGAAAUGCUUGUUUACAUUUGGAUGUGGUUCAUUAGAAGACCCACUGUUAUCAUCAUUUAGUUUACCGGCUUACAGUAUUUUAGAUCUCUCUGAGUGCCAGGGAAAAGAACGGAAUAAAUCUUUCAAUUGUCAUUCACUAUUGGCUAUUCUUGAUGAUCAUGGCUUAUUACACAUAAAUGAUCUUUCAAUAGUAAUAAGCUUCCUCAAUAGUUCAUCAAUACCUGUAAUUAAAGUGAAAAAUGAGAUUUCAAAUGAAAAGUCUUCCCUCAAGCACAUAGAAAACAAUACGAGAAACGACUUUCCAACUUUUAAAAUGUCUACAAGUUAUAAUAAACAUAUAUGUACAACAAAUCCAGGUCCAUUACACAAAAAAGACCCUACCAUUGGUUUUUUGGAUCGCAAACGUUUACGUUUAUUACUUAGAGAAUUUGGGAAAUUUCCAAAUAAAUAUCGGUUAUUCAUUUGGCGUUCCGUUUUGCAAAUCCCAUGCAAUACCCAAGCUUUUAGCAUUCUACAGAAGAAAGGUAUUCAUCCAGCUUAUGAUUUAUUAUCUACGCGAUAUCCUAUGCGGAGUCAAAGAUUGUUGAAAGCCCUGCAAAAAACUUGUUCGGCAUUGGCUUAUUGGUGUCCAUUGUUUGGUGAAACAGAUUGGUUACCGUUGUUUGUUUUUCCUUUUCUAAAAUUACAUCAGAAUAAUCUGUUGCAUGCAUUUGAAGUUGCAGCUACAGUACUGAUCAAUUGGUGCGAAUUGUAUCGUCAUUUUGUGCAAUAUAACAUUACGACCGAGAUUUAUGCUUGGCCGCUUCUGCAAACUGGUCUAAGUGAAGUGUUUAAUGAAGAUGAAUGGUUAUGUCUCUGGGAUUCAUUAAUAUGUUAUUCACCUAGUCUAUUACUUGCUGCGGUUGCAAGCUAUUCUAUUUGCGCUCGAGGACCACUUCUUAUGGUUCAGAAUACUGAUACAAUUGAAGCAUACUACCAUAGUCAAAGUACUUUACCAAUAUCGAAUAUUAUUGAGCGUGCUCAUCAAUUACUUACUUCAAUACCUUCAGAUAUACAUCCAGAAAAAUUAUUGUCUUCGCUUAUACAAACGGAUACUCAAAAUAAAAACAAAGAAAAUACUUGCCUACCUUUUCAACCACUGACAAGUCCAUACUAUCCAAUAAUCACUCGUUAUCCUAAAUUCAUUGUAAAUUAUCAUAUACAAGAACGUGAACGUAUACGAGAGGAAGAAAAAGAAUAUCUCAGGCAAAAAGCUACGAUCGAAGACAUGCAACGUCGAGCUCAAUUAAUGACGAAUGAAGAACACAAUUGGUAUCGCCAGCAGCAGUUACUUUUAGAUGCUGAGGACCAUCGAAGGACGUUAUUAGCUGAAGAAGAAAAUAAGCUACGUGAACAACGGAAAAGAUUAAAUGCAUUGAUUCGCGAAGUGAAAUUACAUGAAUUAAGCUUAGCUGAAGAAUCUCGUUGUCAUUUUAGACAACUCGAUAUUCGACGUCGCCAAUGUGAAUUAAACAAGUUAGAGCAAGAGUUAACUCGAUUGACUAAUUGCCGUAUCGAUGAAAUAGAUGCAGCUACUUACGCUGCAGAAUUAGCUGACUUACGGGAAAAACUACACCAGAGGCGUGCAGAAACUUUAGCUAUCAUAAAUGAACAGCUACAAUCACGUGACAGAAAUCAACCACCAAACAAAGAAUGUCUUUUUCUAACAAGCUCUCCAGAUACCAAUGAGUCAAUUACACAUGAUAGAUAUCUUGAGAGAAAUGUUAAUGAAGUUCAUUCACACAGUCCAGACUACGUGAAAACGUCAGUUGAUUCUGAUGUGGCAAAGUCAAACCUAAAACGUAACAGUUCGUAUAAUAAGAAUUUACAUAAUCAAUCAUACUUAUUGCAUCGUUAUGUGGUUAUUACAGUUCAACGCAAUAACAAUGUUCCCCUUUACUUCGACCAAACUCGGGACACAAACUGUCAAUUGAUCGCAGUAUGAAAUCUAUUCAUAUGCUACUCACUUUUGAAAAUUGUCAUGAAUGAUCAACAAACAUUUAUCUAUGUUUCAGUCAUUUCCAAACUCCGCUGUAGUCGAGACAGCAUUAAUAACUAAUAUUCUUGUUUCAAGUAUGUUAAUAUUUUCACACCAUAUUUACAUAUCGCUAUGUUCAUCAAUAACCCAAAUCGUUCGACGUUUCUCUAACCUCUUAAAAAUGUAUAAAUAUAAAUAGCUUUUAAAUUGAA